AUGGCGGGGCCUGCGUACCUAUCAUCGCCUGAUGAAAUCAGUCCCUAUUAUCCCGAACGAUAUAUACGUCCUCUACCCAAACGCACGAUCCGCUCCCGUCUCUCCGAUGAUGUGGCUAGUACGAUAAGCUAUCCUCCAAAUCCUCCUUCGGCAAGCCUGCCAGCCUACAGCCACUACGGCGAGGACGAGAUUAUCGAUGAAAGACGCCGGGCAUUGACCUCGUUUGAAGACUAUGAACACGAACACGACUCAUACCACGAGGACGAGGAGCACGACGAAAGCUGUCCGCAUCAUGGCCAUCAUCACCACCAUUGCCACCAUCACGAUGACGACGAGGAUGACCUAGAUUCGCUGGAGAAUGAAUCACCCAUGGCUCAUCGUCACGGUAGCGUCAAUAGAUCCUCACCACGAGCCCAGAGAUCACAAAGACACGGCCGGUAUAAUAGCUACACUGAGAAAUCAUCUUCCGCGCCCGAUGGAUAUGAAGCUUUUGAGAACACAAACAACAAGAAGAAGCGGAAAAUCCCCACUUCUGGCAGUAUGGGUAUGCACCAAAGUUCACUGAACUCGGAGUUUGGCCAUACGGGCCUUUCGUCGAGGGAUGGUUCAGGUGAAGAUAUGGAAGGAUCGUAUGCUAUGUCAACUUCCCCAUCGGGACUUGGAGUGGGAGGAGCAGGCCGCGGUCGAAGCUCACGCAAGUCCAAUUCCCGCAAUCCUCUUGGCUUAUGGACCAAUGGUACUAACGCGCGGGCGAGCGCUGCCAAGUACGAUCAGAAUGCAGUGGCAAGCACAAACGGAGAUGGCACGAAAGCAGAUCAAGGCAUCAUUUCCAAAGCCAUCGCCAAUGCCACCACUCUGUUGAGGAAUCCCCUUGGCAAAGGACAAGAAAGUGGUGUCCUUGAACAGCAAGCAAAGACUCCAACGAACUCACAGUUCACUUUUACUUGUGAAUCCGACGCUAAGAACGUCAAGUUCCCCGAACAAAGUCUCUACUCGCCAGAUUAUGCCACCCGAGUUCAGUCUGCGCCAGCUGCGGCUCCAAGCCAAACACAAAAGUACAACAGCAAUCAAGGCACGCAGUAUGCCGGUAGUCAAAUGCAGCAAGUGCCACCGGCCCAGCCAGCCACAAACCAUGCUGCACCACCAGCAAACACGCAAAAGCAGAGACCGCGCAGGCGCAAGGGCGACGUAUAUGCACUUGCUGCACGGCAGCGCAAGCUACAGCAGGAGUACCAGAAUCUACAACACCCACCUUCACAUGAGGACAUCUGGAUCUGCGAAUUCUGUGAGUAUGAGAGCAUUUUCGGAAGUCCUCCGCACGCGCUUGUCCGACAAUAUGAGAUCAAGGAUCGCAAGGAGCGGAAACGACUCGCUGAGAAGCGACGUCUCCUUGAAAAGGCUAAGCUCAAGGGCAGAAAAGGCAAGAAGCAGACGAAGAAUGCGGCUAAGGCUGCUAACAAUGCGACUCAACAACCUAUCAACAACCACCAACAGGAUUAUGACCAGCAGCCACUAGAUCAAAUGGACGACUAUAUCGAUGACGGCUACGACGACGAUCCCAUAUCUAUGCCGGCACCUCCUCCCCAAGCGCCGGCGAAGCAAGUAACUCCUAGUUCUUAUGCAGGAGCAGGAGGAGGGAUAGGGAAAAGCAAUGCCACGACGGCAGGCAUAGCAGGCGGUGGCACGGGAGGAGGGACAAUACGGUAG